UACCAGCCCAGUUUACACUGCAAAAAUGUCAUGGCUCACAUCUUUAAUUCUCAAACUCGCAAUAUACAUAUCCAACUUGAUCACCGCUAGCGGCGCUAUUGUGUUAAUCGCUUUUGGGGCAGAAUAUAUACAAAGCAAAAACAAUGGCGUAUCAAUUUUUGGUGAUUUCUUAUUUGGAGUUCUAUCCGUAACGGUGGGCACAAUUGCAUUAGUAGUAUGCAUUUUUGGAUGUGUCAGUGCUUGUUUUGAAAAAUCUAUAUUUUUAAAAAUUUAUGCUGGUAUUUUGAUGGGGCUUUUUACCAUACAACUUUCGCUUGGUAUAAUGGCGGUUACUAAAGUUCAAAAUCCUGACCGAUUUUCCAGGGAAGUUACUAAAACUGUGCAGCGGUUAUUCGAAGAGGAUAGAACACAGUUCUACGUUCUUCAACAAGAGUUUGAAUGCUGUGGAGUUAAUGGAUAUUUUGAUUACAACAACACUUUUCCAACAAGUUGUUGUAACUCUGAUAACAACCCGUGUUUACGUCCUUUCGAAACCGGUUGUGCAACAGCUUUUCGGGAUGUGAUUGGAGAAUACAUUAAAACUAUAGGUUUCGUUGCUAUUGUUUUCGCUGCACUGGAACUUAUGUGCGCCUUUUUCGCUUUCACAGUAAGGAGAAAAAUUCAAUCAGUGAGCGAUAGUGACGACUGUUCUGAAUCAUCAACUACUUGUUAAAUAAAAAGCAAACCUGGCAAAAUCCUGCAGAA